AUGACUCACAAUGAUAUUGGACAUGUGUAUAAUCUUGAUAAAACACAAACAGAAACUCUUAAAACUUGUUGGAUAACAUUAUUAGAGAGGAUUAGUAAAGAAUCAUCAAUAUCUAUUGAUGAAAUUGUUGGUUCAUCUCAAGGAGAUGUAUUAUUUCGUUCAGUUGGUUAUGAUAAUCCAGAUGUUCUUAUACUUCGAUGGCUUCGUGCAAGAAAAUGGGAUGUUGACGGUGCUGUUCAACAACUAAUUGAUACUCUUAAUUGGCGACAUGAACGAGGUGUUGAUGAAUUAUUAGCCAAAGGUGAAAAUGAACUUCUUAUAGAAGAAGUAAUGAGUGGCAAAGCUUAUUUUAUGGGUUAUGAUAAAAUGGGUCGUCCAAUAAAUUAUAUUCAUGUUAAAGAUCAUAUUAAAGAUCAAUUUCCUAUUGAAGCAACUGAAAAAUUAGGUAUCUUAACAGUAGAAACAGGUCAAAAAUUACUUAAAGGAUCUGUUGAAACUGGUACAGCUAUUCUUGACAUGAAUGGCUUUGGUAUGAAUAACAUGGAUUAUCAAUUAGUCAAAUUUUUUAUCAAUUUAUUUGAAAGUUAUUAUCCCGAAUCACUCGGUCUUGCGCUUAUUAUUCAUUCUCCAUUAAUAUUUUAUAGUUGUUGGGCUAUUAUUAAACAUUGGGUUGAUCCAGUGAUUCAAAAUAAAAUACAUUUUCUUAAACAUGAAGAAGAAUUAUUUGAAUUUAUUGAUCCAUCUAAUUUACCUAAACGAUUACAUGGUACACAUCCUGAUUAUAAAUAUAUUCCACCAACAACUGAAGAUAACAAUAUG